ACGAAACGCGUGGAGUUGCUCGGUUGAUGAGAUACAUACACACAGGUCGCUAAAUAACUUUACAUCGUAGCGAGUUAUUAUUUCUCUAAAUAUAUACAAUUUCUCAUUCCCUCCGUGACACGGGUUGUUGUUUGGUCAGCCAUGAAUGCAGAGAUAGUUUCUUCACUUCUAACUCAAGAGGUGCCAGUGGGGACCACUUCCGCCGCAGCAGUUCCAGUGGAUCACCUAGACUACGGCUACAUUGACAAAUGCACUGAUGUGAAAUACUUGGGGAAGAUUCUGACGGUGCUAAGGUCUGGAGAUGAGGGUAUCUAUCCCCAUCUGAUACAGUUCUGUGAGAGUCGUCUGGAGAGGCUGGACCCUAAAAGUCGUGCCCUCAGAAAGGACAACCCCCCAGCCACCGCCGCCUGCUUCUCUGGAGAUGAAUGGGUUCAGAUCACGGACGAACUCAAGAAGUGGGAGACAGAUGCCAAAAUGAGUGAAACUGAGCUGAAACAACAAUCUAUAUUCCAUGAUCUUGAAACUGAGAAUCUACCCCCAGUACGUGGAUCAAGUUGCUCUAUUCCUCUCAAGCAGAAUACAGUUUCAAAUGGACAGAAGAAAACUGCACAGAAGAAGGUUCUGCCUCGUAAUUAUAUAGAAUGGGACAAGUUUGAUGUCGACAAGGAGUGUGAUAAAAUUGAUGGAAAUUUAACAAAAAAGGAUCCCCCUGCAAUUGUAAACUCUAGACAUCCAAAAAUCAGGAGCAAAAUGGAUACAACAGCGUUGACUGAACAGGAGAAAGUCCUCGUUGCCAACCGCGAGAAGGAUAAAGGCAACGAGGCCUUCAAGGCCAACGACUAUGAGGAAGCUGUGGUGUAUUAUACAAGGAGUCUGUCAGUGGUACCAACCGUAGCCGGCUACAACAACAGAGCCCAGUCAGAGAUCAAACUGCAACACUGGCACAAUGCCCUGAACGACUGUCAGAAGGUACUGGAGAUGGAGCCAGACAAUAUGAAAGCUCUCCUCCGCAGGGCCACAGUGCUGAAACAACAGGGGAACUAUCAGAGGGCGGCUGAAGACCUGAGGAACGUCCUGCAGACCGAACCACAGAACAUCACUGCUACUAAACUUCUGGUUGAGGUGGAUAAGAAACUAAUCCAGUGUCAACCGGAGACGGAACGUAAAAGCAAGAGGAUCCUGAUUCAGGAAGUGGAGGAGGAUGAGAUACGGGAAGAGCAGAGAGCUUGUCCGGUUGAGCCUAGCGAGGCAGUGGGAGGGGAGAGUGCCGCUGCUGCUCCUGCCGAGAGGGGAGACAUGGGAAAUGCUCAGAAGAAGCCCCACGGCAGAGGAGGGGAAGGGGGCCCCAGCCCUCAUACAGACCACAAUUCACACGGAAGCCACUGGAAAAACCGGGGAGGAAUUGCAGAGAAGUACAAGGUGAACCAACAGGAUUCGACGUCGGACAAGGGUCUGUGGAACGGAGCUCAGGGCUCUGGCAGGAGGGACUCUAAGGGAGCCAGGCCGGUCGGGGGAGACGGAAGCAACCUCGACGCCCCGUGUGGGGCCCUGCCCCCGCCGCUGGCCCGGCUCAAGAACGAGGGAAACCUGUUCUUUAAGAAUGGACAGUUUGCUGAUGCGCUGGACAAAUAUUCACAGGCCAUCACGGGCUUCACAGACUCAGGAUUGGACAGCCCUGAGGACCUGUGUGUGCUCUACUCUAACAGAGCAGCCUGCUACCUGAAAGAUGGAAACAGCUCUGAGUGUAUACAGGACUGCACCAGGUCCUUGGAGCUGCAGCCCUUCUCCCUCAAGCCCCUCCUACGCAGAGCCAUGGCUUAUGAGACUAUGGAGCGGUACCGACAGGCCUACGUGGAUUACAAGACCGUGCUGCAGAUAGAUAUCAGUGUGCAGGCUGCACACGACAGUGUUAACAGGAUCACGCGGUUACUGAUAGAGCAGGACGGAGAACAGUGGAGAGAGAAACUACCUGAGAUCCCUCUGGUCCCACUAUCAGCUCAGCAGCACCGCAGGGAGGAACCACCCAGCGCUGAGGUCCUACAGGCCAGAGCAGAGAAGGCCAAGCAGCAUGCAGCUCAAAAAGCAGAAGUCUGUUUCAAUUCGCUGAAACAAGAAGGAAAUGAGUUUGUGAAGAAAGGUCUGUUCCAGGAGGCUCUGAGGACGUACAGCGAAUGCCUUAAGCUGAAGCCAGAGGAAUGUCCCAUUUACACCAACCGAGCGCUGUGCUUCCUGAAGCUAGAUAUGUUUGCUGAAGCCAAGCAGGACUGUGACUCUGCCCUGAGGCUGGAGCCAGCCAAUAAGAAGGCCUUCUACAGACGGGCCAUGGCCAAUAAAGGCCUCAAGGACUACCUGGCGUGCAGCUCUGACCUACAGGAGGUGCUACAGCAGGAUCCCAACGUAGCUGAGGCUGAGAAGGAGCUGCAGGAGGUCACGCUGCUGCUCAGACAGAGUCUGGCCCGGGGAUCACCUAGCAAUCCCAGGAGGACUGUACCCAUCACUG